CUGCAGUCUUCUGGGACCUGUCACAUGUCUGCAGUCUCUGGUCAUCUCCUGUACUAUGUCCUCAGUCUCUGGUCACCUGUACUGUGUCCGCAGUCUCUGGUCAUCUCCUGUACUGUGUCCACAGUCUCUGGUCAUCUGUAGUAUGUUCGCAGUCUCUGGUCAUCUCCUGUACUUUGUCCGCAGUCUCAGUCUCUGGUCAUCUCCUGUACUAUGUCCGCAGUCUCUGGUCAUCUCCUGUACUAUGUCCGCAGUCUCUGGUCAUCUCCUGUACUACGUCCUGUAGUCUCUGUCAUCUCCUGUACUACGUGUAGUCUCUGGUCAUCUCCUGUACUGUGUCUGCAGUCUCUGGUCAUCUCCUGUACUGUGUCCGCAGUCUCUGGUCAUCUCCUGUACUAUGUCCGCAGUCCCUGGUCAUCUCCUGUACUAUGUUUGCAGUCUCUGGUCAUCUCCUGUACUACGUCUGUAGUCUCUGGUCAUCUCCUGUACUAUGUCCGCAGUCUCUAGUCAUCUCCUGUGCUAUGUCCACAGUUUCUGGUCAUCUCCUGUACUGUGUCCGCAGUCUCUGGUCAUCUCCUGUACUAUGUCCGCAGUCUCUGGUCAUCUCCUG